CGUCGCAGCACCGCAUUGCGCGCAGUCCUCUCGCCCUCAGCAGUUCCUCUCGCAUGGCGGGACGGGCUCUGUCCGGCCCCGGGACUGGAGGAACAGGGGGGACGGGCGCUCUCCGGCCCUGGGACUGGAGGAACAAGGAGGGACGGGCGCUCUCCGGCCCUGGGACUGGAGGAACAAGGAGGGACGGGCGCUCUCCGGCCCUGGGACUGGAGGAGCAGGGGGGACGGGCGCUCCCCGCCCCUCAGAGCGGCGGGACGGGCGGCCCCGGCCCCGCCUCGUCGGGAGCGAUCGCGGCGGGCGGCGGAGGCGGUGUCGGGGCGGUGAGUGCAUGUUUCUUGCUUCACGAAACUUCUGCUGCCGUGGCGUUAGAACGUGCCAGCUAAGAACAGAUUUGCUUUCCAGAUCCAUCAAACAUUCCACCUCUGCAACAAUGCCCUUCAGACACAAAAAUACAAGACGAAUUGAAGGCCUUGAUAGCAAUGUGUGGGUUGAAUUUACGAAAGUGGCAGCAGAUCCCUCAAUUGUUAAUCUUGGUCAAGGCCUUCCUGAUAUAUCCCCUCCCAGCUAUGUUAAAGAAGAGCUGGCAAAGGUGGCAGCAGUGGACAGACUGAACCAGUACACCCGAGGCUUUGGACAUCCAUCACUGGUGAAAGCCUUGUCUCAAGUCUAUGAGAAGGUUUGUGGAAGAAAGAUUGAUCCUCUCACAGACAUCCUGGUGACUGUAGGAGCUUAUGGAUCUCUCUUCAGUACAAUACAGGCACUAAUUGAAGAGGGAGAUGAAGUAAUAAUAAUAGAGCCAUUUUAUGACUGUUAUGAGCCAAUGGUAAAGAUGGCGGGUGCAAAGCCUGUUUUUAUCCCACUAAGAUGUAAAAAUGAUGGAAACUCUGCAUCUAGUUCUGAUUGGGUCUUAGAUCCUGCUGAACUUGCAAAUAAAUUUAAUUCCAAAACAAAAGCAAUUAUUCUGAAUACCCCACACAACCCGAUAGGCAAGGUUUUUACCCGAGAAGAGCUUCAAGUGAUAGCUGAUCUGUGUAUUAAACAUGACACCCUGUGCAUCAGUGAUGAGGUGUACGAAUGGCUGGUGUAUAAAGGGAAUAAACACAUUAAAAUAGCUAUGUUGCCAGGUAUGUGGGAAAGAACAAUAACUAUAGGAAGUGCUGGGAAAACAUACAGUGUAACUGGCUGGAAGCUUGGUUGGUCCAUUGGUCCUGAGCACCUGAUUAAGCAUUUGCAAGUUGUUCACCAAAAUACACUAUAUACUUGCCCAACUCCAUUACAGGAGGCUCUGGCACAAGCAUUCUGGAUAGACUCCAGGCGCAUGGAGGACCCCGACUGCUACUUCUACUCCCUGUCGCGAGAGCUGGAGAGCAAGCGUGACCGCAUGGCUCAGCUGCUGAAGGAGGCUGGACUAAAGCCUGUCAUUCCAGAUGGAGGAUACUUUAUGAUUGUUGAUGUUUCCACACUAAAUGUGGAUCUCUCUGAUGUAGAUGAGAAACAGCCUUAUGAUUAUAAAUUUGUCAAAUGGAUGAUAGCAUCUAAGAAGCUGUCAGCAAUUCCUCUUUCAGCAUUCUGUGGUCCUGAGACAAAGAAACAGUUUGAAAAAUACAUACGUUUUUGCUUCAUUAAGAAAGACAGCACACUAGAUGCAGCUGAAGUGAUCCUGAAGAACUGGAAUAAACAGACAGGCUGAUUUUUCCUAUUAACUCUUCCAUAUGGUAUAACUAUCUAAUAAUAGGCGUUUUAAAUUAGAAAUCUAAGAAGAAAAUUACUUAAUACAGAACUGAACUAAUAUGACAUUGUAAAUAACUUUUUCCUGCUACCUGCUGAGGAGUUAAAACAAUGAUUUACUGAAAUAUGUGUAAAGCAACUCAGAGGUUAUUUUCACUCUUUUAAAAAUAAAUUGCUUUUCUCUUAAAGAAA